AACGCGUCUCGGCGGAGUCACCUACCGCAUCCCAGAGCUUGAAUGCCAUGUCGAGAUUGCCGGUAAAACUGUCGCUAUGUUGGAACCAUUCCUUGCCCUUGGCCUUGACCUCUGCCCGAGCCUCGGGCGAGGUGGGAUCGGCUUGCAGGGGCAGGUCGUCCAGGUAGGUGCGCACAGCGAUUCCAAGUCCGCAGUCGUUGUCGUCAAUGAAUGGAAGCCUGCAUAUGUCAGAAAUAUCCCACAGGAGAUCUCCCGAUUCACUCACUUGGCGCUCAACUCGCCCCAGUCUUUACGGUCCCGCUCAGCGUCCCCACUGAGCAAGAGACCAGCGAGGACCACCUCGAUGAGGUUCCGUAGCGUAGAGCGAACCUCCGAGAUCAACGAGCGAUAACAGAGCAGCUGCCUACUCAAGGGGCCCGAAUAGCCAAUGCUCUUGUGUUGUAACUUGGCGAU